UAAAAGUGAAAGCAAACAACUUGUUGUUCUGAACUUGAAAUCCUAUAUCUUCUCCCUUAAUCUUCAGUAUUGCAGCUGCGUACGGUGUGUAUAAAUGCUGCAUCGACGUACGUCUGUGCAUGUACGAUUCGAUUUGGCGAUCGAGGAGCGUAGACUAGACUCAUUCAAGCAGUUUCAUUGCUAUUUACCGGGAAAAUGUCCAGGCCAGGGUGUAAAACGCAAAGUCGCAAGCGGGGGUGGGGGCUAGACGAAGUGAUAAGGAUAUCGAUAGCUAGAUAUUCGAAUUGUAUUCGAAACAUGGCUGCUUCUGCUUCGUGGACGUUGACGUGGAAAAGCGUCCAAAUCUCUUGUCUAAUUCUUUUCAUCGUCACUAUUCAAGUCCGUAGUGAAACCUUAGAGGAUGAUCUCCUUUUCGCACCAGGAGGACAGCUUAAUAUGAAAAUGGGACAAGCAAAACCUCAAAGGUUCCUGUUGUACGAUGUGAAUCCAGGGGAGGGAUUCAAUCUGAGACGGGAUGUCUACAUGAGAAUAGCAAACCUGGUAAAGAAGCUCCAAGAGAGAGACAACUGGGUCCUUGUGCUUCCGCCUUGGGGCAGACUCUACCAUUGGAAGUCAAGGAACAUGCAGCAAGUUCGAAUACCGUGGUCAACCUUUUUCGAUGUGGAGAGUUUGAAUCGCCAUGUUCCUGUCGUUGAAUUUGAAGAUUAUAUGAAGAUUACAGGUGAGGGAGCGAUUGACGAGCAUGUUUAUCUUCAGAGUUACAAAGAAGGGUGGACCAAUGGUAAAUGGGAAGAGAGGAUGCACGAAAGAGAGUGCAAUGACCCACCCACUUACCAGAAGAAUGGGGAAGGGAAGUACAGAGGCUGGUACUGGGGUUACUCAGAAGCUUACGCUAGAAACUUCAGGUGUCUGUCAAUUCAGGGCUCGGCUGGAGACCUCGCCCCCUUCCUCACAAAGAAUAUUACUGCUAGAUCUGUUCUUUUGUCUCGCUGUGAAGAAGUUCUUCAUGAUUACUAUGGACAAGUUGAAUACUGGAAUGCAAGAAGAAGUCUACGGUUUGCCAAACCUCUCAGAGACAUUGGUGAUGAGUUUCGUAGAACCUAUCUGGAUUCCAGCGACAGUAAAGAUAAAACUCCUAUUCUGGAUGACUGGAGAGAAAUGAAGCCAACUGCAGGAAGUGCCAAAGGUGGGCCAUACAUUGCCGUUCAUCUUCGGAGACAAGAUUUUGCAAGAAAUAACAGAAAAGAAGUGGCAUCUUUACCCAAGGCAGCCACACAUAUUAAAAAGAAGCUCAAGGAACUCAAGCUCAAGAAGGUCUUUGUUGCAACAGAUGCCCCAGCUAGUGAAAUUGACCAGUUAAAAGUACAUCUAAAGGGAUAUGAGGUGUAUAACUAUAUACCUCCCAGGACUGUUCAUGAUAGAUUCAUGGAUGGUGGUGUUGCUAUUAUAGACCAAUGGAUCUGUGCUCAUGCAAGAUACUUCAUAGGCACCGGCCAAUCCACUUUCACGUUCCGUAUUUUUGAGGAAAGGCAGCUGCUUGGGUUCGACACCAAGAUGACGUACAAUAGAUUCUGUGGUGAUGGAGAACCUACAGACUGUGACCCACCGUCAGUAUGGGCGGUCGUCUACUAACCCUUACAGGACCAGGAUUUUUGUUAAAGGGCUAAAUUGAUCACAUUGUUCUUCAAAUUGGCAACAGUAAUAUUGUUGUUUUAAUGCUACAUUGCUCUGACAAAAUGUAAUGUCUUUGAAAACAAUAUUCAUAGGUAAUAGAUUUCAAAAAGUU